UCAUAGAACGCACAAGACUUCCUCUUCAAGUCAUAUUCUACUCUUUCGAGCAGCAAUUCGCCUACCGUUAGUUGAAAGGAAUGCCUAGUUUUCCGCAGCGCGGUGAGGUCACUAUCUGCGAGAUCAAUUGCGAUUUGGUAACCGCCGAAAGCCUAUCUGACAAUCGAGCAAAGGAAACCUAUGGAGGAGUACUCGGUUUUGUUUUCAGUCCCAUUCCUUUCCGUGCGGACCCAAUGCCGCCAUCCGGGCCAGCUGCGGAGCAGGAAAGGAAUAACACUGCUCCGAGAAGUGGUUUUGCUGCUUUCAAAGAGAUCCUGAGUGACUCGUUCAAGCGUAUUUUGCUUCCAAGUGCUUUGAAUUUAUCUCCAGACGUUAUUUUCCAAGCGGUUAGUUGGCAUCCACAUAAGCACAUGGUAGCAUGCAUAUCUGGAUCCAAUCAAGUUUUGAUUCGUGAUUACGAAGAUUCAGUGGGGAAGGAUCCUUGCAUCUUGACCAGUGAAGCCCAAAGAGAGAUUAAAUCACUUGAAUGGAGGCCUAAUAGUGGGAAGACACUCUUUGUUGCAUGCAAUGGUGGAGUAUGCCUCUGGUCUGAAUCAUACCCUGGAAAUGUUCCUUCUACGAGGUCUGGAGUAACCUCAUCACUUGGUACUAUUUCACGAGGCUCUGGUAAUCGGUGGACUUUGGUCGAUUUUCUUCGGAGCCCUACUGGUGAACAAAUUAGUGCGAUUUCUUGCAGCCCCGAUGGAAGAUACUUGGCAUCUGCAUCUUAUGAGAGUUCCUCGUUCACCAUAUGGGAUGUUGCCCAAGGUGCAGGAACACCAAUACGACGAGGAUUGGGGGCUGUAUCUAUUUUAAAGUGGUCACCAACUGGAGAUUAUCUCCUAACUACAAUGAGUGAUGGAACAUUCUAUCUCUGGGAGACUAACACAUGGACAUCAGAACCGUGGUCUUCAACUGGUGGGUAUGUCACGGGUGCUGCUUGGGAUCCUAUGGGGCGCAUGGCAUUGCUUGCAUUCUCAGAAUCAAACACAUUAGGUUCACUACACUUUGCUUCAAGGCCUCCAGCGUUAGUUCUUGUUUCCUUGGCAUCAGAUGCACAUCUACUUCCUGUGGAACUGCCAGAAAUUUCUUCCUUGACCGGAAGCUGUGGCAUUGAAAAAAUAGCCUGGGAUGCUUCAGGGGAGCGAUUGGCUUUGUCAUUCAAAGACGGUGAAGAGAUGUACGGGGGUCUCAUUGCAGUAUAUGACAUCAAGAGGACGCCUCUUAUCUCACCAUCUCUGGUGGGAUUCAUUAGGGGUCCUGGAGAGUAUCCCAAGCCACUAGCAUUUUCCUUUCACAGUAAAUUCAAACAAGGGCCUUUACUCUCUGUGUGCUGGAGUAGUGGUUUAUGCUGUACAUAUCCCCUCAUUUUUCGCACACAUUACUUCCUUAAGUGAAGCUGCAUAUAGAUUAAAGACUGGGAAUUGAGCAUCUGAAGGCUAUUCCGAGAAAACAAAGCUUCCAGUUCAUUAUUGACUGUUUUUGCGUGGCCUUGAAGACAGACUAUGGUUUACUUUAAGACCAAAUAUUUGCUAAUGCUUUCUGUACAAUUCAAUCUAUAACAGAUUUUGUAAUUACUCCUCUCAUGCUUAUUUUCUUAAACGAACUUUAUGCUUGAGUUCAUAUUAAAUAAAUGUUCGAGAUAGCACUUGUUCU